CUCCAUGUUGAAUUACCACAACAAAGGGAGUCUCUGCAGCUUCCAGAGAACUCUGAGGGUGCCCUGUGGAAGCUUCAAGAAGCUGAACCUCUCGCCGUCUGCAACCUCUUCACUUUGAGUGUGCUCUAUGCUCUCUUUCUGCCAAUACAGAGACUGUGGACCGUGUACUGUCAGUACCAGCCAGGCAGGUGGGCAGCCUCCUGAGGUGCAGCCACCAUUGCCCUGGUGACCCUUCCCACUCCCUUCCCCCCUUUCCUCUCAUACCCACCAUGAAGUUUUCCUUGCGCUUCUGGUUCCUGUCCACUGCUUUCCUGCUGGUUUUCAUCAUGUCCCUCCUCUUCACCUACUCCCACCACAGCAUCGCCUACCUGGACCCCAACGGGUUGAACGACAUCCAUCGGGUGAAGUUAGUGCCCGGCUAUGCGGGCAUGCAACGCCUCAGCAAGGAGGGGCUCUUCAUGAGGGGCUGCUCCUGCCGCAGGUGCAUGGUGGAGCCAGCCAAUUCGGAGUGGUUUGACAGCCGCUACGACAAGCGCAUCUCUCCGGUGUGGACCAGGGAGAACAUGGAUUUGCCGCUGGAUGUCCAGCAGUGGUGGAUGAUGUUGCAGCCCCAGUUCAAGUCCCACAACCUUAAUGAAGUCUUGGGCAAGCUUUUCCAGAUCGUCCCCGGAGAGAACCCGUAUGGCUCCCGAGACUCCCAGAAGUGCCGACGCUGCGCCGUGGUGGGCAAUUCCGGCAACUUGAGAGGCUCUGGCUACGGCAGGGAAAUCAAUGGCCAUGACUUCAUCAUGAGAAUGAACCAGGCCCCCACAGUGGGCUUUGAAGCAGAUGUCGGGAGUAGGACCACCCAUCACUUCAUGUACCCCGAGAGCGCCAAGAACUUGCCAGCCAACGUCAGCUUUGUUCUCGUCCCCUUCAAAGCUCUGGACCUGCUGUGGAUCGCAAGCGCCCUGUCGACUGGCCAGAUCCGAUUCACCUAUGCGCCUGUGAAGCCCUUCCUUCGCGUGGACAAAGAGAAGGUUCAAAUCUACAAUCCAGCUUUCUUCAAAUACAUCCACGACCGAUGGACAGAACACCAUGGGCGCUACCCCUCCACAGGAAUGCUGGUGCUGUUCUUUGCAUUACAUGUAUGCGACGAGGUGAAUGUGUUUGGGUUUGGGGCAGACAGCCGUGGCAACUGGCACCAUUAUUGGGAGAACAAUCGCUACGCAGGGGAGUUUCGGAAAACCGGGGUGCACGAUGCUGAUUUUGAGGCCAGUAUCAUUGACAUGCUGGAGAAGACAAACAAGAUUGAUGUUUAUCGCGGCAACUGACCCCCUUUAACGUGCAUCUUC